GGCCAUUAUCAGUGUACAAGCACAAUCUUAUAAUAAGAUCAAAUCCCUAAAGUUAAAGUCCAUGAGAUUUCGCAGUAUCUUCCGGGGGUCUCUUUAUGGGGAUUUGUUUUUCACCACAAAUUACAGAAAAUGACCCGCUUGACUGCCAACAUUACAGUCACUGCAACCCAUGUAGUGUGCAGUCAAAAUCAGAUUUCCAUCCAAGAUCCGUUUGUUCUGGGACCCUUUGAUCAACUUGGUCAUUUCGCUACCCCGAUUAAUGCAGUAUGGAUCUAUGAACCCUUGCCCUCCGUUGAUUUGAUUCCGUUGGAGAGGUUGCACAAAGCCAUCAGCCAUCUUCUCGACUAUUAUCCUCAUUUGACAGGCCGGAUACAUAUCAACCCCGAUACCGAUGUCCGUUCCAUCACCAGACUAGGCACUGGAAUACACUUGCUUGAAGCUUACUGUGAUACCCCGCUUCAAUCUUUCACCCACAGAUCGCCAGAAUCAGAUCGGGCCCUCAGUAUCUUUGAUCUCCCAGGCGGGGGCAAUGCCCUACUCGCGCCAUGGGAUAUGUCUCCUGAAGGAGCACAGAGGGAUCCGGUCUUUACCAUUCAACCGACAGUGUUCGCAUGUUCUGCCGUGGCAAUUGGGGUGAGGGUUUCGCACGUUGUUUGCGCGGCUGGCGGCUUCCUGGGCUUGGAUCAGGACUUAGCUGAGAUAUAUCGAGCCACCGACCCAGUCAUCGGACGGCCAAUUAAGUUGACAUCACCGCCAUAUCUACCACCAUUUAUGGUCAAUCAGAUGCUGCACAUGACUGUUGACGAACAAAGGAAGGCAUUAAGUGUGUGGCCAGCAGGAUACUCGCUGCGAGAUCACAACGCUGCCGCUGAAACCCAUGCUGAAAGCGAAGCCCAAUUCCAGCAGAGCUUGAACAACGACCCCAUUGUGGGACGAAGUCUGCGAUUCUCGCCUUCAGCACUCGCCACCCUCAAAAGCCACGCAGUUGAUCCAGAUAGCGGCAGCGCCCGGGUGUCAGCGUUCACUGCAUUGUCAGCACACUUCUGGCAGCGCACACACCUCGCUCGACUCGCACAAGCCCAUUCUUGCUCCAGUGAGAAGACAUCAGUCUUCUCGAGCUCUGCAUUUGGUACCAGUGUGAACUUCGUACCGCAUCUCGGCUUGCCUCAGCGAUCCUUUGGGAACACCUUGGUGACUCCAGUUAUAGAACUACAGUCCAUGAAGCUCGCGCAAGCACCACUCUGGGAGAUCGCAAAGAUCAUCGCCAUCUCGAUUCGCCACAUCUCUGUGGAUGAGACGCAGAAGUUGGGAAGUUGGAUUGCAGCCCAGCCCAAAAAGGCACAUAUUAAACUUGACUUUCCGUGCACCCCGGCCUCAUUUAUCGCGACGGGAUGGCAUCGCUUUCCGCUCUACUCAGGUGCCGAGCUUGAUGUGACUCCCACAUUUGCCAGUCCGGUUCCUAUGGAUUCUCUGUUUGACGGUAUGGUCGUUUUUGUGGAGCCUAAGGCUAAGGAUGAUAGUAUCGAAGCCGUCGCCUCUAUGAGAGCUUCAACCUGGGAGUUUCUUGAUAGGGAUGAAGAGUUCAUCAAUACGUGGGAUGCAACAGGAUGAUAUACUGUAUUUUAAUCAAGAGCGAGCAGAGUUCAUUAUAUGCAGCUUCAUGAAUAUUCUACGCCUAAUUAGUUGGAAUAAUAAGGGAAUGAUGCGGACGGAAGAAGAGUAAUGGGAUUGCUGCUUCCCUGUGAUCUCAG